AGGGGCGAGAGUCCGGGCGAGAGCUAGGGCCAGCGCGAGGGAGGGGGCGGUGCCGCGGGUCGGCUCCGGACGCCUCCGAAGAAGGAAGAAGGUUCGGGACGCGCGCAGAGACAAAAUUCUGGGCUUGGCCGUGCAGAGCUAUAAUCCCAGCUACUCAGGAGGCUGAGAAUGGAAACAGACUAUAAUCCCAUGGAGCUAAGCAAUAUGUCAGGAUUUGAAGAAGGAUCGGAGCUCAAUGGCUUUGAAGGAACUGAUGUAAAAGACAUGAGACUGGAAGCGGAAGCCGUGGUAAACGAUGUUCUCUUCGCCGUCAAGAACAUGUUUGUCUCAAAAAGCCUGCGCUGUGCAGAUGACGUGGCCUACAUCAAUGUGGAGACUAAGGAAAGGAACAGAUACUGCCUGGAGCUCACGGAGGCAGGGCUUCGGGUGGUGGGGUACGCGUUCGACCAGGUGGAGGAGCCUCUGCAGACACCCUACCACGAAACCGUCUACUCGUUGUUGGACACGCUCAGCCCAGCCUACCGGGAGGCGUUUGGGAAUGCGCUCCUGCAGAGACUGGAAGCUCUGAAAAGGGAUGGACAGUCCUGACUACACCUUCCCCUUAGGGGGCACUGCUGCUGGUACAGAACGUGGCGGAAAGCGUGAAAUUGUUGCACACACUCAUAGUAGAAAAUGCAUCUUUGAUUUUGUGUGCUUGCCACUUGCUUCACAUUUAGGCUUUUGACUCAGAACAUCACUGACUAACGAAUUGAAUUCGUUUCUGCUUCAUUAAGGGAAGUCUGAGGCCAUUGCUAUGAUACCAUCAUUGAGACAUCUAAAUUUCUUCAUAGGAAUUCUCUGCAUUUCCGAACCUAAUCAGUAUUUCAUUCUCUUAUUACAGGGCUUCGAUGCUGCCAGCACUCUCUUUAUCAUAGGAAAUUCUAGAUUUGCACAGUAAAAUAGGAAUUAGAAUUGCCUAACUUCAAACUGGGACUCAGCCUGCUAAAUCAGGGGUUUGCUGCUAGCUUGGACUGACUUCGUAGUGAUUAUUCUGGUACUAGCCUUAUUGGAAACAAACUGUCAACUGGUUUCUCCUGCACAAAUUUUGAAAUUCACUGCUUCACCUCAUCUUUAUAUUACAAAUGCAGACUGAAAAGUGAAUGACUUGCAAAUGAUUUAGUGUUAAAUGAAAGACAGGGACAGAAACAGUUACAUGUUCCUUGUUUGCCACAACCAGCCAACUAAGCAGAGAACAAACUGUUAGCAAAUGAAUGUAAUAAUUACUCAAUUCCAAGAUACCUAAGCACAUAAGCAAGUACAGGACCAGGCCCCAUCCUCCACACAAGCACCCUCAGUGUGUGUGAUGCAAAGAAAGAAGAUUCUGGUUUCCUAGAAAACAGUAUCGUGGCCUAUGUUGGUUCUUACUCUGAAUGUCUGUUUACAUACUGUACAGUGUAUAUGCAGAAAGUAUUUUUGCUCCCACGUUACUUUCUACGGCGUGAGGCUUUGGUAUUCCCCAGGACCCUCCCCACAGACGGACUGCCUCCGUCUCCUGUUCCUUGUGCAGUGUACUGUGAGUGUGCAGUGUGGGUUUCAAACCAAAGGAUGAGUGAAGUAUUCAGAGACUUCCUCUUUGACAAAAAGAUCCUCUGUAUUUUAUAUUUUAUUACAGGUACUGAUAUUUAUAAACCUAAUAAACUUGGCCAUGCUGCUGCAUGUUUUCAAGUGCAUAUUGAACAAUAAAGAUUGAGGAGUUGUUUUCUUGUCACCGAAAAGAAAUACUGAACUAAAAUUCCACACACCCAGACACACCUUCAUAAAUUUGUCAUCUGCAGGUCUUUUCAUUAUUUUUUGGAAACAGACAUUUUAGGCUCUGAGCUCACGUGAGGGCUGGAAGUGCAGCUCAGUGGAGAGGGUUUGUCUGACAUGCAAGGCCCUGGGUUCAGUCCUCAGCUCGGGAAAAGGAGGAAAUGGAUCAGGGGGGCCAGAGCAAACUAGAAUUGGGUUUGCAUUGCUGUCCACUGCUGCGCUUCAUUGGAAUGCUUUAUGUUUGUAACUAUGUUCACUUUCAGCUUUGUUUGCAGAUGCUUAACAUGUGGGCAGUGAAGUCCAACCAGGUGGAACUUUCUCAUGCUUCAUUAAUCUCAGGCUCACUGUAAAUGAUAUUUGUAAAGUUUGAAUAAAAUUGUUUACUCAUUUACAUAUGAAAAAAGCACUUGUAUCUUUAAAAAUUGAAGUUGUUCAUUUUGUGAUA